CGUAUUAACAACAUAGAAACUGACCACCCACCUGUUACUCAAAACAAUAGAACCUCAGGGAGGACUUUUCUAAUCCCGGAAUAGAGGCAGCACCUUGCCUUGAUGUCUUUCUUUGUAAAAAUGUCUACAGCAGAUUUGAUGGAGAAUCUCAGGGAAGAACUGACCUGUUUCAUCUGCUUGGACUAUUUCACCAGCCCGGUGACCACUGAGUGUGGGCACAGCUUUUGUCUGGUGUGUCUCCUGAGGAGCUGGGAGGAACACAGUACUCCUUUAUCUUGUCCUGAGUGCUGGAGGGCCUUGGAGAGUCCACACUUCCAGCCCAAUGAGCGUCUGGGGAGGCUGGCUGGCAUCGGCAAACAGCUCCGAUCCCAGGUGCUGCAGAGCGAGGGCGGACAAGGCGGCUCUGGGAGAAUGCUGGCAGUCGCUAAGGCUUUUUCUGAUGAGCAGGAGGGUGUAAACGCUUUCUCAACCCAGUGUCAUGGAAUAAACAGAUUGUAUCCCUCCAGUGAGGCUGAGGAGCGUCACAAAGAGAAGCUCCAGGAAAUCUUAAAUCUUUUGCGUAAAAAGAAAAAGGAAACUCAGGUUGUAUUAUCCCAUGAGAAGGAGAGAGUAACACUGUGCAAGGAAGAGACAAAGGCCUGUAAGCAGGUUGUUGUGUCAGAAUAUGUAAAAAUGCACCAGUUUUUGAAGGAGGAGGAACAACUACAGCUCCAGUUACUGGAAAAGGAGGAAAGGGAGAACAUGAAGAAGUUGAGGGACAAUGAGAUCAAGCUGACCCAGCAAAUAAGAAGCCUAAGCAAGAUGAUUGAGCAGAUAGAGUCCACCUGUCAGCGCUCCACUUUAGAAUCUUUUGAGGAUGUGAAAGGAACACUGGAAAGGAGUGAGCCACUCUUGCUCCAGUGUCCAGAGGCGGCCGCCACGGAACUGAGUCUGUGCCGCAUCACUGGAAUGAGGGAGAUGCUAAAAAAAUUCAGCACGGACAUAACUCUGGAUCCAGCUACAGCCAAUGCCUAUCUUGUCUUGUCUGAGGAUCUGAAAAGCGUGAGACAUGGAGGAAUCCGACAGCACUUACCCGACAACCCAGAACGAUUUGACCAGUCUGCAACUGUGCUGGGCGCUCAGAUCUUCACCUGUGGGAGACACUACUGGGAGGUGGAGGUGGGCAACAAGACCGAGUGGGAAGUGGGCAUUUGCAAGGACUCCGUGAGCCGAAAGGGCAAUCUCCCGAAGCCACCUGGGGACCUCUUCUCACUUAUAGGCUUAAAAAUUGGAGAAGAUUAUAGUCUUUGGGUCUCAUCACCUUUAAAAGGUCAACACGUCCGAGAGCCUGUGCAUAAGGUUGGCGUUUUCUUAGACUACGAGUCUGGACACAUAGCGUUCUACAACGUGACAGAUGAGUCCCUCAUCUACAGCUUUCCUCCAGCCUCUUUCCAAGAGGCUCUCAGGCCGAUCUUCUCCCCUUGCCUCCCAAAUGAAGGGACGAACACGGGCCCUCUUACCAUCUGCUCACUGAACAGUUAUGUCUGAGGGACAUGCCCCCGAGCCUUCACCAAGGAUGAGGUCUAAGACCAACAGAUGAUUAUUAAUUAAGAUGAUUUAUGCAUUGACACUAUCAAUAUUGGGUGAUCUUAAAGGAAAGCCCCUGAAAAGGCUUUCUGUUAACUUGAGCCACAAUCAACGGCCAAGUUGGACAAUCAACUUUCAACACCAUAGAAGGCUGAUCAAAUCCUGUCUUUGACCAAAUUCAUUAUCUAGACUGUCCCGCAUACAUGCUGGUCACUGAAAAUGUAGAGAAAGAAUUAGCCCCUAUUAUCCCUGAUCCCACUGUCAUA